AUGGAUGCGUUCGCUUCCUUCUUUGACUCUCAAUCGGCUUCAAGGAAUCGUUGGAGCUACGAUUCUCUCAAAAACUUCCGCCAGAUCUCUCCUCUCGUCCAGACUCAUCUCAAGCAGGUUUAUCUGACCUUGUGUUGUGCACUGGUUGCAUCGGCUGCUGGGGCAUACCUUCAUAUCCUAUGGAACAUUGGUGGUCUUUUAACAACUUUCGCAUGCUUUGGAUGCAUGACUUGGCUACUUUCCAUAUCUCCUUAUGAAGAGCAAAAGAGGGUUGCUCUCUUGAUGGCAGCUGCACUCUUUCAAGGGGCUUCUAUUGGUCCUCUGAUUGAUCUGGCCAUUCAGAUUGAUCCAAGUGUUCUGAUUGCAGCUUUUGUUGGUACUGCCUUGGCCUUUGGAUGUUUCUCAGCAGCAGCCAUGCUUGCUAGGCGUAGAGAAUAUCUUUACUUGGGUGGCUUGCUUUCAUCUGGCCUGUCAAUCCUUCUAUGGUUGCACUUUGCAUCUUCCAUCUUUGGGGGAUCUGCAGCCCUCUUUAAAUUUGAGCUGUACUUUGGGCUUCUGUUGUUUGUGGGCUAUGUGGUAGUUGACACCCAGGAAAUCAUUGAGAGAGCCCACCUUGGUGAUCUGGACUAUGUGAAGCAUGCCCUGAGCCUUUUCACCGACUUUGUUGCUGUUUUUGUGCGAAUUCUCAUAAUCAUGUUGAAGAAUUCGUCUGAGAAGGAGAAGAAGAAGAAAAGAAGAGAUUGA